AUGCCCCGGUCAUUCUUGAACUUCAAAGGCUUGCGCCGGCGGUCCAGAGCAAGCUUCAGGACCGAGCGGUCCACAAACGAAUCGGUGAGCGAGUCCAGCAACAACGCGACUCCCACCAGCGGCUCCUUGACGCCCCCCUCGAUCGGCGCGGAGUCAGACCUUGCACUGAAUCUGCAACUCAAAGAUCAACCACAGCAACCUCCUCCUGCUCCGGUUUCGAGGCCGCAGCCGCAUCCGUAUCCGAAUGGCGGCAGUAGUCGAAACAGCGUAUCUGGCAUGGUCGGCUUGGGGUCCCCAAUCCCAGGCGGAAGGGGGCCGAGCUUGCCUGUUUCUCAGUAUUCGCCUCGAAUAUUCAUGAAAGAUGACUCAUGGGUGUAUCAAAGGGUUCUUCUUGUUCAUGGCACCAUCGGUGACCCGCUUCAGCAGUCCGUUGAUGGCACAUUGACUGUGAGCCGGCUCGACGACAACUUCCCGCCUAUCUCAUGGCCGGUGCACGACUCUCACUUCAAGGCGCUGGUCUACUUGAUGCCCGGCGCCAACCGUCUACGGUUCGACUUUUCCAGCCCCAAGCUCGCCAACAGCGGGUCCUCCAACCCAAUCCACGCCUCUUACCUGACAGUUCACAUGAUCCCCCCCGUUGGCGCACCUCCGUUGCAAUUGGCGAUCCUUCUGGCCAAAGACUCGCCCGGCGCUUUUGACGCGAUCCCUGCGCGGAUCGACAGGGAAGGGAACGGCCUGGAGACUGCGAUCCGCAAGUUCCGCAUGGCUGCGUACCUGUGGCAGGCCUUUACGGCCGAGCAGAUGUACCGCAACAAACUGGGACGGCGUGCUUUUAGGUUUGAAGAGGAGUGGACCACCGGCACGGCCAACCUCAGGGACAGGGAGACCGGCGCGCUCCGAUCCGAAGUGCGUGUGCACAUCAUCCGAACCGAGAAGACGGUGGCCGAACUCCGGGAUCUGAACAGGGCGCAGCAAAACCCGAAUGCCACCGACGCAGGGGGUCUCUGCGGUAUCACAGCAGAUGCGGUGCGUGAGUACUUCAAACCGCUCCCGGGUCAGAAGCUGUACGUGUCUGUUCUGCUUCUCGACGCACACUGGGACACCAGUUUCCAGACCAUUGUCGGACACGCUGCCCUGGGCGGAAAUGUCGGCGACAUCCACCUGGGCAUAUUCGGGUCGCACUGCCUGCAGAGCUACCCGACCUGUCUUGAGGAGGUAGUCCUGGCCUUCAGCGACUGCACGCCCACCGAUACUCAGCACGUCGCCAACGACUGUAAAGACGCCGGAAGUUCCUGGGAGGCGGCCAACCUCGGCAUUGGCGCCCACCUUCAUGAAAUCGGACAUCUUCUUGGCCUACCCCAUCGCGAGAACGGCGUCAUGGCGCGCGACUACGUUACCUUCCACCGGACCUUCCUCACGCGCGAGGCGUAUUCCACCCGGACCCGCUCCAAGGGAGGCCCAGUCACCCAGCAAGACGAAUGCACCUGGCACCGCCUAGACUGCCUCCGCCUCCGCAGCCACCCGUGCCUCCGCCUCCCCAACGACCCGGUCCUGAACCCGGACAGCAGUAUCCAUGGCUGGCCCAUGGAAGGAGGCAGCCUGAUCGUGACGGCCGCCACGGGGGUGUCGUACGUCGAGAUCUUUGCCGAGGACGACGAGGUCUGUCGUGCGUGGAUCGAGUACGCGCCCGAAAACGGUGGGCCGAUUCACCGCAUGGUUUCGCUGAGCGAGCAGGAGCUGCGCGGUAGACUGCCCGAGGGGCCUAAGAGGAAGGGCAGAUUGCGAAUCUCGGUCAAGUCGUAUGGCGGCGGCUCGCUGGAUGUCGACGAUCUCAGCAAGCUGUGCUCUAAGGAGGCGGCGUGUGUCAAGAUACCGAGUGCGGUUCCGGGUUUGCCCAAGACGGCGUUCCGGGGCAUGAAGCUUGGAUUGUCGCGGAUGGAGGGGUCCGAGGCGUGCGAGUUUGUGUUUACCAGCGCGCUGAGGCAGGAUCGGGUGCUGUCGAGUGUGGUGGUCUAUCAUGGCUUGGCUGUGGAUGGGAUUGAGUUUGUGUAUGACGAUGAUUCGAGGCAGUUGUUUGGCAAGAAGGGGGGGAAGGUGGGCGGGGAUGCGUUUGAUAUAGAUGUUCGUCGCGGGGAGUAUAUUACGGGCUUCUUUGUCCGUUCCAGCUUCUGGAUCGACGCCAUCCAGGUAUUGACUAGCCUUGGGAGGAAAUCACCCUUGUUUGGGAACCCCACUGGCGGUGGUCCUCACACGAUAAUACCGCCGAGAGGCUACAACAUCGUCGGUGUCACGGGCAGCUGCGGUCCGUGGCUUGACGGGUUCUCGGUUAUCAUCUCAAAAUGA